UACAAAUUUGACACUUCGUAAAGAUACACAAGGAUGAUGUCAUUAGACACCAAUCCAUUUAAAAGUUCAGCCAAACCGGCAAGAAUUGGCCUCAUGUAAUGCACUAGUUCCUUUACUCCUAUUCUCACAAUCAUUAUGGCUCUCAUGAACCUUAUAAUACUUUGCUUUUCAUUGCUCCUCAUCAAGAUUGAAUCCACACAGCCACUUCCUCCAUUUUCAUGUGACUCCACAAAUCCAUCAACCAAUUCAUUUCCAUUCUGCAACACUUCACUGCAAAUCAGCCAACGCGUGCAAGACUUGGUGGCACGUCUCACAUUGGAUGAAAAGAUCUCUCAGCUUGUCAACAAGGCUUCGGCCGUCCGCCGCCUCGGCAUCCCCUACUACCAGUGGUGGUCCGAGGCUUUGCACGGUGUAGCAGUAGCGACCGGGGUCGAAAAUGGUGUUAUGUUCAACGGGAGUAUUCGAGCAGCCACCAGCUUUCCUCAAGUCAUUCUUACUGCUGCUACUUUUGAUGCAAAUCUGUGGUACCGUAUGGCUAAGGUGAUAGGAACAGAAGCAAGAGCAAUAUACAAUGAAGGAGAAGCAAUAGGAAUGACAUUUUGGUCCCCAAACAUAAAUAUUUUUAGGGACCCCAGGUGGGGUAGAGGCCAAGAGACCCCUGGAGAAGACCCUUUGGUUACUGGAAAAUAUGCAGUAUCAUUUGUUAGAGGAAUUCAAGGAGAUAGUUUUGAAGGCGGUGACCUUAAAGAUGAACACCUUCAAGUUUCAGCAUGUUGUAAGCAUCUGACUGCAUAUGAUUUGGAUCACUGGAAGGGAAUUGAUCGUUUUACCUUCAAUGCUAUUGUUACGAAGCAGGAUAUGGCGGAUACAUACCAGCUACCUUUCCAACAAUGUGUUCUAGAAGGGCGUGCCAGUGGGAUAAUGUGCGCUUACAAUCGUGUUAAUGGGGUUCCGAAUUGUGCUGAUUACAAUCUCUUAACCAAAACUGCGCGUGGAGAAUGGGGCUUCCAAGGGUAUAUAACGUCAGACUGUGAUGCUGUCAAAAUCAUUUAUGAGAAUCAAACUUAUGUAAAAUCGCCAGAAGAUGCUGUGGCUGAUGUUCUUAAAGCAGGAAUGGAUGUGAAUUGUGGAGACUAUUUGGUAAACCACACAAAAUCUGCACUUGAGAAGGGAAAAGUAUCAGAAUAUGAUAUUGACAGAGCCCUUAACAACCUCUUUGCUGUUAGAAUGAGAUUAGGCCUCUUCAACGGCAAUCCAAGAAAGCGUCUUUAUGGAAACCUAGGACGAAAUGAAAUUUGCACGCAGGCUCACCAGGAUAUGGCGCUUGAAGUUGCUAGAAAUGGGAUCGUCCUUCUUAAGAACUCAGCCAGGCUCCUUCCUCUAUCGAAGGACAAAACGAAAUCUCUUGCAGUAAUAGGCCCCAAUGCCAAUGUUCCGAAAACACUUCGUGGAAAUUAUGCAGGGCCACCUUGCAAAGCCAUCACUCCCCUAGUAGGACUUCAAGGAUAUGUCAAGAAAGUUAAGUUCCAUGAGGGUUGCAAAACUACAAAUUGCACUUCAAUUGCUACCAAAAAAGUUGUGAAAAUCGCAAAAUCUGUUGAUUAUGUGGUGUUGGUUAUGGGACUUAAUCAAGAUCAAGAAAGUGAAGAUCUUGAUCGUGAAGAACUUGUGCUUCCCGGUAAGCAAAAGAGCCUUAUAACAAGCAUAGCCAAGGCGGCUAAAAAGCCAGUUGUAUUAGUGCUGCUUUGUGGAGGUCCAAUUGACAUAUCUUUCGCCAAGAAUGAUCCAAAAAUCGGAAGCAUUUUGUGGGCUGGAUACCCAGGAGAAGCAGGAGGCCAAGCAAUUGCAGAAAUUAUAUUUGGUGAUCAUAAUCCAGGAGGGCGGUUGCCUAUGACUUGGUAUCCAAAAGAUUUUAUCAAAAUACCAAUGACAGAUAUGAGGCUGCGGCCUGAUCCAUCAUCAGGCUAUCCAGGGCGAACUUACAGAUUCUACAAGGGGAAAAAGGUAUUCGAAUUUGGAUAUGGACUUAGCUACUCAAAGUAUUCUUACAAGUUUGUUUCGGCGGGACAAAACAAACUUGACUUCAAGAAACUGUCAACUACUGGUACUGUUGAAAACUCAGGUUACAUUCCAGUUUCUGCUAUAGAUUCAGAUUCCUGUAACAAGGCAAAGUUUACUGCCGUUGUUGGAGUGAAAAAUCAGGGAAAAAUGGUCGGUAAGCACCCGGUUUUGCUGUUUUUGAGGAGAGAAGAGGCCAGUUACGGGAGUCCAAUGAAACAGUUGGUGGCAUUUCAAACUGUGAGAUUGAAUCCGAAAGCAAAAGCUAAUGUUGAAUUUCAAGUGAAUCCAUGUGAGCAUUUCAGCAGAGCCAAUGAAGACGGAUUGUUGGUGAUUGAAGAAGGGACUCAAUUCUUAGUUGUGGGAGACGAAGAGUAUUCUAUUAGUAUUAAUGUUUGAUAAAACUAUCAAAUCUUUUCUUUAUGGAUUCACAGAUGGAAUAAAAAGAAUUUGCAAGAAUUACAUCUAAUGAAUACUUCUUCCAAGCA